AUGGAAAAUGCCUCAGUCAUGGCCCCACCGGCAGAAGCUACCCAGAGAAAACGUAGCUUGUGGCUGAAGUCAAUACCACUUCUGGGAUACGCGAUCCUCUUGCUAUCAAGCUCGAAAAUUCUCGACCUCGCUGACUGGUACGCAUCCGGAAGAGCUGCGGAUUCUUCAUCCAUUCUCGAUCCCUCGACGUUGAGCGUUCGCGAGCUGAAGACCCUGAUCGAGGUUCGGGGUUUGCAUGGCACCAGUGCGAUCGAAAAGGAAGAUUUGGUGCAGUUGUUGAAGAGCACCGGAAAUGUGACAGCAGGCGAACUUCGUGAAAUAUAUCAGGGCCACGACGAGCCGGUCUUCACAUUUACAAAUGGGACUGACUUCAGCAGGGAAGUCGAGGAAACGAAGGAUAGUGUCUGGAUCGUGCUCGUGGUCCCAGAGCAAAGUCACAAGUUCUCUUCGUGGGACAAGGUCUCUUUGUGGCAAGAGAUCCAAGGCAAAGUACCUCGGUUUGGAAUUCGGUUGGGAGUCCUUGAUUGCAGCAUCCUCUCAGAAGUAUGUCAGCGAAAGAAAUGGGAUAGGCCUCUCAUACUCAUUUCCUUACCGAAAGAAACAACAGGCCAGAAUGAAAUUGUCAUCAAUGGCUACAACAAAGCAAAUGUCGUCCUGAAGCGGGUAGAAGGGGCGCUGAAGAAUCACGUACAAGACAUCAAGACAGUGAAGGAAUUGGAAUCAAAGUGGCUGGAUCCCUCAAAGCAAGCAGACAGUGGGGCUUUGGUGUUCUUCACGGAUGGAGAAGUGGUUCCUCUGUUCUUGGAGACUUUGAGUAUCAAAUUCGCAGGAAAAUUUCAGUUUGGGUCCUUCUCAUCUCGCAAAGGGACGGAAAGAGAAACCCUGUCUCGAAAUUGGUCGAGUUCUCGAGUCCUCCUUGCAAGAGGAGGAAGAAACGAGAAGAAUCAGGCGGGUUCCUUCUACCGCCAGAUCGAGUUCCUCUCCCGCCGGCCCGAGUUCCUCUCCCGUCAGGCCGAUGUCAUCUCCCGUCAGGCCGAGUUCCUCUCCCGUCAGGCCGAGUUCCUCUCCCGUCGGGCUGAGUUCCUCUUCCGUCAGGCCGAGUUCCUCUCCCGUCAGGCCAAUGUCAUCUCCCGUCAUGCCGAGUUCCUCCCCGGUCAUGCCGAGUUCCUCUCCCGUCAGGCCGAGUUCCUCUCCCGUCAUGCCGAGUUCCUCCCCCGUCAUGCCGAAUUCCUCUCCCGUCAGGCCGAGUUCCUCUCCCGUCAGGCCGAGUUCCUCUCCCGUCAGGCCGAGUUCCUCUCCCGUCAUGCCGAGUUCCUCUCCCGUCAGGCCGAUGUCAUCUCCCGCCGGCCCGAGUUCCUCUCCCGUCAGACAGAUUUCCUCUCUCGUCUGGACAAAUGCGGAGCCAAAUGUUCCUCCCCUCCCUCAGGAAGUUUGGAUUCAAUCCAGUAG